CGGCAACAGCAGCAACGACGAAGACAUAAGUGACAUCCUUAUUCUCGAUUCUUCUUUAAAUCCUCUGCUUCGAGGUUUUUGUCGGAACAAGUCAGUCAUGGGGAAGAAAGCGAAGAAGAAAGCUCCAACUCCUCCUCCUACUAAGGAGAAGCUCUCUCAACACCCUAGUGAAAUAGCUGUUAAGGAGAAACAAGCUUGCGUGCAUUUCGACAAGGGUCUCAACUUAGAUAAAGUGUUGGAGAAGAUUAAGUCUUCCGGACAGAUCAAGUGUCAUGAAUGCAAGGAAGGUGUCAAAGGACCUAAAUCAAAGGGUGCUGGUGGUAAGGGGAAACAACAUGCUUCUUCUUCUUCUUCUUCUGAUAGAAAAGCUAUUUGGGUUUGUUUGGAAUGUGGCUGUUAUGUUUGUGGAGGUGUUGGUUUGCCAACUGGUCCGCAGAGUCAUGUUCUCAAGCAUAUCAGAACGACUCGUCACCGUUUGGUGAUUCAAUGGGAAAACCCUCUGUUGAGAUGGUGCUUCCCCUGCAAUUCGCUUCUCCCUGUUGUAACCGGUGAUGAGAAGAAAGAUGUGUUGUUGGAGCUCGUAAAACUUAUGAAAGAACGGUCUUUAAACAGUUUAGCAGCUCCAUCAUCUGAUGCCGAAGAAAAGCAGAGCUCAGGGAGUGGCAGUAUCUUUAGCGACAUCAAAUUAGAAAGUGCUGCUGUGACUAGUGGUGUAGAAGCAAGAGAUGGUUACGUUGUUAGAGGUUUAGUCAACCUUGGGAACACAUGUUUCUUUAACUCUAUAAUGCAGAAUCUUCUCUCUUUGGAUCAAUUACGAAGCCACUUCUUGAAGGAGGAUGUUUCUGGUGUUGGUCUGCCUCUUGCUUCUUCCCUGAGGAAACUAUUUGCUGAGACGAAACCAGAGGCGGGUUUAAAGAGUGUUAUAAACCCUAGAGCCUUUUUCGCGACUUUCUGUGCUAAGGCGCCACAGUUUAGAGGAUAUGACCAGCAUGACAGCCACGAGUUGCUACGUUGUUUGCUAGAUUCGUUGAGUACUGAAGAAUCUGCCUGGAGAAAGAGGCGUGGUGGUGUUUCUGAUAAUGACGAGAAGUCUACUAUUACUCUCGUGGAUUCUGUGUUUGGAGGCGAAACUUCGAGCAUUGUUUCUUGUAUUGAGUGUGGGCACUCCUCAAAAGUCUAUGAGCCGUUUUUGGAUCUCUCUUUACCUGUACCGUUUAAGAAAACUCCUCCUAAGAAGCAGCAAGCCCUUUCUCGAGCAAAGAAAGCUAAGCUUCCACCGAAAAGAGUCUCUAAGAAUGUGUCAAAGGUGAAUAAAGUUCGGAAAGUCCUCCCAACCAAGGCUUUAUCGGAACCCAGCUCACCUGGAAAAUCUGUAGUUACCACAGCUGAUUCGGACAAUGGUGCCGUUUCAGACACUCCUUCUGUUAUAACCCUUGACAAUAAGCCGGCAUCAGAAAGUGUAACACAAAGUGAUGUCGAUUUUGAUAGCUUCUGGUUGGACGUCAUUGCACCAGAAACCUCUGGAGAUGAGAAAAAUCUUGAUAAGGAAGAUAGCGUUAUAGAUAAAACCCCAACAGAUGAAGCUAGUCAAAUUGUUUCAUGUCCAAAUAUUCCUGCCAUUACCUCAGUUUCAUUAGGUGAUCAGACUCCGGAAGGUAACACAGAGAGACUGGUGCAAGAUAGUGAUGAGUUUGCAAAGGCAGAACCCAUUUUAGAUGAAAAGGAUGUACAAGCUACGCAGCCUGAUGAAUGCACAGCGACAAGCGGUAUCUCUGCCGAAAUUACUCAAGAUAGUUGCAUUGUUGGUGCUCCUGGUCUAGGGGAAAGUUCAUCCUCGGUGAAUCCAUGGGAUGAGGAAGACCUUCCGUUGGUGGUUGCAGAUUCGCAAGUUCUAUACUUGCCAUACAAAGAAAACAUAACAGCUGUGGAAGGUGAGGGUGAGGCAUCAUCAUCUUCAUUUGUUACUGGUUAUCAAGAACCAGAAAACAAUGAUUUUGUUGGUUUAGGCGGUUUAUUCGAUGAGCCUGAGGUUGCUGAAGGGCCUGUUUUUGGUCCUCCUUGUAAGGCUGAAGCUUCUUCAGGAGUUGUUGGUUUUAUGGCGUUCAGCAGCGAGUCUGAUCCAGAAGAAAUCGAUGAUUCAGAUUCACCAGUGUCUGUAGAGAGGUGUUUAGCUCAUUUCACUAAGCCUGAGGUUUUGUCUGACGACAAUGCUUGGGACUGCGAGAACUGUUCAAAGAACCUUAAACUCCAACGGUUGAGGGAAAAGAGAAAUUCAAGCAACACAAGCAACGGGUGGGUAAGUGAAAAUGAAGAUGGAGUUUUGGGAGAAACCGAUAUGAAGCAAGAUCCAAGUGAUAGUUCUAGUAGUGUCAAGGAUAAUGGAAGAGAAGCUAAUGACAGUGAAUCUGAAGAAGAUUCAGAGAAAGUGAUAACAGUGAAAAGAGAUGCAACUAAGAGAGUACUUAUAAACAAAGUUCCACCUGUCUUAACCAUUCAUCUAAAGCGAUUCAGCCAAGACCUGCGUGGUAGGCUAAGUAAGUUAAAUGGUCAUGUUGCUUUCAAAGAAGUCAUCGAUCUUGGACAAUAUAUGGACUCAAGGUGUAGUAGUGGAGAAGACCCGCCCGUUUACAGAUUAGCUGGAUUGGUUGAGCAUUCAGGGACAAUGAGAGGAGGUCAUUACGUGGCGUAUGUUAGAGGAGCUAGUAAGAAAGUUGACUCCUCCUCGAGUGUGUGGUAUAACAUAAGCGAUGCACAUGUCCGUCAGGUUUCAUUGGACAAGGUUCUGCAUUCAGAAGCCUACAUCUUGUUCUACGAACGGAUCGUCUGAGAAUUUUUUUUUUUGCAAAACUUAGUUUUGAUCUUCCAUUCAACUACAGGGAACGUUUUUGACGAUCACAUUAUAUCAAAUACACCAUUACUUGUGUUUUAUUAUGAUUAUGUUUCAGAGUUACACUAUACUAUAUGUAUUAUCAGAACCAUAUAUGGAUAUAUUUGAGGCUCUCAACUGUGUUACAUUUCACGAGAAUGCACAGGUUUGAAGAAUCAAUGUUGAUCUUCC